AUGGCAUCCUCUCUGCGCGAACAGCGUCGCAAACACGUCGUCCUCGAUUCCCCCACCUCGUCGUCGCAGGCCACCCAUCUGAUGAGCCAGUCAAGUUUCAGCCUGGAUCAUGGGGUACCUGAAUUUGGCCAUCGGCGGUCGUUUAGCGCUGCCAGUGUGGGUUUUCAUAUGGAUGAUGGAGACGGCAGCGGCUCGAAGGGCUUUUCGGAGCUGCCCCGCAAGGACAAGCGGAAUUUCCUCUUAUUAGUCCUCCUAUAUUUCCUCCAGGGCGUACCCAUGGGAUUAGCGAGCGGAAGCGUGCCAUUUCUAUUGAAGUCGCACGUGGGAUACUCGGAGAUGGGCGUGUUCUCCUUGGCGAGCUACCCAUACUCCUUGAAGCUGUUAUGGAGCCCAAUUGUAGAUGCGAUUUGGAGUAGGAAGUUAGGAAGACGGAAGAGCUGGAUCUUGCCGAUACAGACGAUCAGCGGGCUGGGGAUGCUCUGGCUCGGGGCAAGAGCAGAGGCGAUGAUGGACGCGGCCGGAAUGGAUGGCGGAGCGGGGAUCUGGGGCUUUACUUCGUGGUGGUUCAUGCUGGUCUUCAUGUGUGCCACGCAAGACAUUGCUGUCGACGGUUGGGCCCUGACGUUGCUAUCAACGGAGAACCUGUCGUAUGCCUCCACAGCCCAAACGGUCGGCCUUACAGCAGGCUCGUUCCUGUCGUCCACCGUGUUCCUCGCGUUCAGUUCCAAGGACUUUGCGAACAAAUGGUUCCGCACCAUCCCUGGAGAUACAGGUCUCAUUACUCUCGGAGGCGCACUCACCGUGUCCGGCUGGCUCUACCUUCUCGUGACCGUCGGCCUGGCUGCCAUGAAGCGCGAAGAGUACACCAAGAACUCGGACGGGGUCUGGGACGUGUACAAAAUCAUGGGCGGGAUCUUGAAGCUCAAGAACAUCCAGACCCUCCUCAUCGUGCACCUGAUCGCGAAGAUCGGCUUCCAAGCCAACGACGCGGUCACCAGCCUGAAGCUGCUCGACAAGGGGCUGAAGCAGGAAGAAUUGGCCUUGACCGUGUUGAUCGACUUCCCCUUCGAAAUCUUCCUCGGGUACUACGUCGGGAAAUGGUCGCAAACAAUCCCGCCCAUGAAACUCUGGUGCUGGGGUUUCGUGGGCCGGCUCAUCGCCGCCGGCAUCGCGCAGACCGUCGUCAUGUUCUUCCCCAGCGCUGGCGUCAACACCCCAUACUUCCUCGGCGUGAUCUUCCAACAUGUCCUCUCCACCUUCAUGAACACGGUCAUGUUCGUCGCCGUCUCCGCAUUCCACGCCCGGAUCGCGGACCCCGUCAUCGGCGGCACCUACAUGACCCUUCUCGCCACCGUCACCAACCUCGGCGGCACCUUCCCCCGCUUCUUCAUCCUCAAAUUCGUCGACAUGUUCACCGUCGCGUCCUGCAUCCCGCCCACCACCCCGCUCCCUCCCGACGCUCUCAAAGGGGACCCCAUCACCGCCGCGUUUUCCUGCGUCGCCGAGCCGGAGAAGCAGCGGUGCGCGGCCGGCGGUGGCACCUGUAACAUCAGCACGGACGGAUACUAUAUCGUGAAUGUUUUGUGUAUCAUCAUCGGCGUCGUGACUUUUUGGGGGUUUAUCAAGCCAGCCGUGCUGAAGCUGCAGGCCUUGCCGAUGAAGGCGUGGAGAUUGAGCGAUGGGAGCUAG